ACCGUUUGUUAGUGUGCCAUGUCACACUCAUAAUCAACAGUUACAAUCGUGUUACAUGUACGAAUUACAAGACAAACUUGCGAAGCUUCGAAUCGAUCCCCUAUUGAACAUCAGCUCAAGAAAUCGAGGUUAUCAUAAUAAUGUUUUUUUAAUGACGUACUCCGAAGAGAAUGAGAACGACAAUAAUUAUAAUGAAUAUCGGUUAUCACCACCUUUUCCAUUCCGAUACGAAAGUCCGAUAUGCUCCAGUUCUCUAAGUAUCACAGACGUAACGUAUGGCUUUAGCAAUAACAAUGAGAUCAUUAGUAACUAUGAUGAUGAACAGAAUUACGACGAUGAGGAAGAUGAAAGUCCAAAGAAAGGACUACUGAAGCAAAUGUUUUGCCUUCCAUUAAAUUAAGCUAAAUAAGGCUUAUUUAAUAUUACGAGAUUGCCUCUAAUCAAUAGUUAAUAUAAAUUUUGUAGAUUGCAAGAGAUUUGAAACCUGUAACAACUUUAAAGUUUACAGAAUCCUUGUACUAUUGGAGAAAAAAGUAUUUAAUUUGCGCCACAUAUUAUAUACGAUCGUGUUGAACUCUUCUUUCACAUGGUGCUGCAACUUAAGCGUAUUAAUGGGUAUUAUUUUCAGCUAUUUUUAGAAGAGAAAUGAAUUUAAACGGAAAAUGUACCUGACUGCUUCGAUUAAUCUCGUAGGUAAUAUGUCAUUCCGUUGUGCAGUCGUUCUAUUAAUAUUUACAAACAUUGUACGAUCUAAUAUAUCGCUUGCAUGAACGUAUUCACUAAAAACAAUA